AUGGAAUAUUCAUAUAUUCAAUUGAAUAAUUUACCGGAUGAAAUUCUUAUUUAUAUUUUUAAAAAAUUGUCUAAUGCAGAAAUACUUUAUUCUUUAUCAGGUGUCAAUAAACGAUUAAAUAAAAUUAUACAUGACUCUAUUUUUACAAAUGAUUUGUCUCUUUUGAUAUCUACAUCGGAUGGUUUAGUUUAUCCAUUAUCUGAUCUAAUCCUUGAUCGAUUUUAUUCAUAUAUUUUACCUUCGAUUCACCGAAAAAUUCAAUGGCUUCAUCUUGAAUCACUUUCAAUGGAAGAUAUUCUUCGUGUUAGAAAUUAUCCAAAUUUAUAUGGAAUUAGUUUACAUAAUAUUCAAGCAAAAAAAGCUAUAGAUCUUUUUACUAUAGUUCGUUCAAAAAGUCCGUGCGUGUGA